AUGCUGCCGUGCCGACAUGCGCCAGCCUCGCAGCUCAAGGUACUGAGUCUUGCGACCCCACAAAGAGUUCUCUCGAAAACACCGGCAUCGCCGCGGCAACAGUUCCCCGCAGUAACAACAACGCCGCUACUACUUUCGCCGCGGCAUUCCGCUACUACUUUCCCGGACCAAGCCAAGCAUUCCGCCUUUAGUACGCCUCUGACUCACCCAUCUGCUCAACUCUACCCCUCUGCUCAACUCUACCCCUCUGCUCAACUCUACCCCUCUGCUCAACUCUACCCCUCUGCUCAACUCUACCCCUCUGCUCAACUCUACCCCUCUGCUCAACUCUACCCCUCUGCUCAACUCUACCCCUCUGCUCAACUCUACCCCUCUGCUCAACUCUACCCCCGUCUAGGCCAGACCUGCUGGACAACUAGCAAUUCCCGCCCAGCUCUCCUGCACGACCCACGCCUUCGCACCCCUUUCCCCGCCUAUUUGCGCCUCCCUAUUCGCCCACUUCGUCUGCCAGAUGCGUUUGCCACCUCCUCCCCUUUUCCUCCCUCGUUGAACCUCCUGCGCAAUGCGGGCUUCGAGGAAGCUUCCACUGCAGCAGACUGGCCCUCGCCCCUGUCGUCCUGGGUGCCGCUCGUCCCCGGCGGCGCAGCAGCGCAGCAAGGGCAGGGCGCGGGGGAGGUACAGGGGGAGGGGCAGGGGGAGGGGCAGGGGGCGGGGCAGGGAGCUGGGGCGGGGGGAGGGGGAGGGGAGGUUCCUCCCGGGGACCCGUCCGUUGCUGCUGAGGGCGGUCGGUUCGUUCGCCUGCAGCCCAGCGACGGCAGUGGCGGGGAGCUUUGGGGAACCGGGGCGAGUGAGAGGGAAGGGGCAGUGUGGCCGGUGCAGGGACUGGGGCAGCUGCUGUGUGUCGCGGAAGGGGAAGAGCAGCCGCAGCAGCAGCAGCAGCCGCAGGGGAAGUUUUCGGUGUAUUUCUAUGCAAGGGCGCGCGAGUGCAUGAUGGAUGUGUCUGUUGCAGCUGGAGUACGGCCGGUGCGAGCCAUGAUCGUCGCCGUGCCCCUGCCACCACCACCAGCCACUGCCGGCAGCACUAGCAGCAGCAGCAUGGACGAGGGUGAGCUGGGCAGGGCGCUGGCAGCCGCUAUGAGCAGCGGACAGAUGGUGGUGCUGCAUCAGUGGACCGUCGGCGUUCCCUGCCGCAACAACUCCUUCUCGCUCUCCGGCCUGCUGCCCUGGCGCCAGCACGGGCCCUUCUCCUUCCACCUCCCACCCUCCUCAGCCUCCGCCGCUGCUCUCUCCUUCCCGCCGCAAGGCGUUGCUCUGCACCUCGUGCUGCUCGAGGGAAAGGAGGCGGACAGCGGCAGCACGCCCUCUGGUGGCCCUGUGGAAUUGCCUGUUCCCAUUGACGUGCCCGUUCCCUUGCCUCCGACCUUGCCUGGGGGUGCGUCCGUGUCUGGGGGUGCUUCCGUGCCUGGGGGUGCGACUGUAGCAUCAGCAGCAGCGGCGGUGGAAGGCGGGGCGCUGACGUCAGCGGCAGCGGCAGCGGGGAGCAUCGAUGUGGAUCUGAUCACGGUGGCUCCCAGAGGCACAGCCUUCGUUCUCCUGCCCGACCCGACCGUCGGGCUGCCCGGGCCAAACAUGGGAUAUGGCAGGAGGCCUUACCGGCAGGAGGAGAUGUUUGUGGAGUUGGAAGGGGGGGAAGAACAAUUGUGUGAGGUGGAGAACGGGGCCGUUACAUGCACCACGAUUGGUGGCAGCAGCGGCAGUGGCGCCACCCUCAACAGCAGCUUGCCACAUCAGCACAGCCUGGCAGUGGAGUUUGACACGUCAUCAACCCGUCUGUUUUCGGACCCAACCACUCACCACGUGGGGAUAAACGUGGAUUACAGCAUGACGUCAGCAGGCCAUGCGUCUGUGCACCCCGCGGGCAUGGCCUCACUGGGCGGCAACAAGAACGAGACGCUGCAUGCGUGGGUGGCCUACAACGCCACCUCCUCGCUGCUCUCCGUGCGCCUCUCCUCCUCGCCCGCCAUGCCCCCCUCCGCCCUCCUCUCCCUCCCCUUCAACGCCUGCGAUCUCUUUCACUCCGCUCCAAAGGAGGACGGCGGGGAGGGGGAGGCCGUGUUGGUGCAUGCGGGGUUUGCAGCCGGCACGGGGCUGCUGCCACUGCACACUCAGACGCACGACAUCCUCUCCUGGGCCUUCCAGGUCGACACCCAAGCGCCGGCGCCUCUCCCCGUGUGGCAGCAGCCAUCGCUCGCCUUGCCCUUCCUCACGCCAGCCGCGCCCUUCACUGCCUCGGGCUCUGCUCGCCUCGGCUUCUCCUCGCUGCAACUCACCCCGGGCAACCAGGACCAGGAGACAGGCGCCGCCUUCUUUCCACUCCCCCUGCCCCUGCUCUCGCUCCUCCCCGCCCCUGCCCCUCGCAAGGGGAAGAAGGGUGGAAAGACUGAUGCGCUGGUGUGCAAGGCUCGGUCCUUCACCUCGUGGUUUGCUUUUGAGCUCAAGGGAAAAGAGACCAAUGGGUUUGGGGUGGUUUUCGUGCUAAGUACUCGGCCGGGGGUGGGUCAAGGAGGGACGGACAUGGGAUACGGCCGGGAGUCGGACAAGAAGGAUGCGAAUGGGACGUGGGCGGAUGGAGGGAGGAGUGUGGCGGUGAUGUUUGAUGCCUUUAGCGGCACUGACCCUAACUAUGCCAUUUACAAUGAUGUGGCAAUUCUCUCCGUUCACACUGACUUUAACGUGACACGGCGGCUGGCUUUUUCAUCUCAGAAGAGAUACACUUCAUCCUCGUUAUACAGCAUGAGGGUGGACUAUACGGCUGCCACUAAGACUCUAGAGGCAGUGACUUAUAGAGGAGCUACGAGGAUGGGGAGUGUGAAGCUGAGUCUUGACCUGUGCUCUGUGUUCUAUGAUGGCAAUAGCAGCACUGAGGGAGUGAUUCCGGUGUUUGCUGGGUUCAGCAGUGCCAGCACGCAGGCAUGUGUUCAGUCCAUCAAAGCGUGGACGUUUCGAUUCACAGACGUCAACCCAUGCACGGCGUGGGACGUGAAUCCAUGCGGUGCUGGCAGGUGCAGUGCGGUGAGGUCAGCAGCCACAGGCACAUACACCAGCACGUGCUCGUGCCCUCUCAGCCAGCCCAGCUACAAGCUCCCCCAAAUGCCCGCCUUCCAAACAUGCUUCAACGAGUUCCCCGCAUGUCGUCUUAACAGCACUGACACGUGUGCGCCUGGCGUGUGCCUGGAGGGCUAUGAUGCCUCCUCCUUCUGCCUCUGCCCACCCUCCUUCUUCCCCCUCGACUACUCUAACCCCCUCAAGCAACCCUGUAACCAAGUGAGUGAGUCUGCUACUCGAGUGCCAUUCUUCCCAGCACCCCCUGGUCUCACAUGCCCUCUGCUGCUCGACAUCUUUGAUCUCUCACCUCAAGAGCUGCUAGAGAGCAACAAGGUGAAGCUUGCUGAUGAGCGCAUCUGUGUGGAGAACAACACCAACGCCCCCGCCUUCCCCAUGGCAGCCUGCACGGAUCACAAGGCUCUCGUGCCCGGCCUGCACAUGUGCCAGGAGGUGGCGGCGUUCGGCUAUGGGUGGAGCAGCAUGGGCUACUCAAAGACCUUCCGCAUCAACCCCGCUCUCUACUGCGACCACCUGCUGCCCGGUGCUGCUGGGUGGGGCGACUCUGUGCUCGACUCGGUGAGUGAUUUGUGA